AUGACAUUUACGGAGACAACGCAGACCUCUACUGAAAAAGACGACGACCUUCGUAUCCAAGAAUUAAUAGCUGCUUCUCAAAAGUUACUUAGUCAAAAUACUCAACCCCCUACUCCGACAGCUACUUCUAGUACAGGCUUCAAUUUCCACCCAGAGACUGUGGGUCAGGAGAAGCAACACUUACGAACAAGGAAACCAAAAACAAAAGCUAGCUCUGAACAUUUAAACGGCUUUGGUGACGCUUCUGAUAUGUCCUUGCCUAUGUCGCAUAACGGUUCAACUCCUUCGGUGAUUAGUAUGACGAACGGCUCGACUCCUGCACAUAUCGUUAAUAAUGGAACCACUGUUGGAAAUAUAAAUAGUGGUUCAAACUCUCCUAGCUCUGGGUCUUCAACUUCGACAAACAGUAUGACAAACGGAAUACGUGGUGACAGAAGAUCUUAUAAGGAUAGAAAUGAUCCUGAGAUUUCUACUAGCCCUCCUGAAUUAAUAAGAGAUCCUACUUCGGAAUCUUUUUCCACUCAUACUCAUAUUUGGCCAAUCGUUUUUGCCGUAGUGCCACCUAUGGGUGCUCUUAUUUAUGGUAAAUCCGAUGUCUGGAGUGAUUUUCUCUUGUUACUCUUGAUUGCUUUUUACCUAUAUAAUAUUAUUAAAGUUCCAUGGGAACUUUAUUAUGCUGCCAGAUCAAGACGUGUUGUAAAUGAAAAUCUUCCAGGCCAGACUGCAGAUCCGGCUCAAGAAGCUCAAAGAAAACAAGCUGAAAAAGAACUUCGUUUACAAGAAAUGUGGGCAUUGUUGCUUGUAGUUGCUUCACCAAUAAUUGGUGGUUAUGCUUUGCAUGGUGCAAAAAUGUACUUGACUGAUUAUGACAAGUACAUCUCCCAUUUCAAUAUUAUGCUUUUCGUAUUUGCUGCCGGAAUUCGUCCAUUGAUGCAUAUUGCUAACCUAGCUAAAAAUCGUACCUUAUAUCUGCAAGAACAAGUUCAUUAUCCUAGUACUGAAGUGGAGUUAUUAAAACGACGUGUACAACAUUUGGAAUAUGAAUUUUCUCAAUUACGUCGUGGAUUUGCAACAAAACGUGACGUUUUAAAUGUACGUGAUGGUUUUGAACCAACUUUAUCUCAACUAAAUAAAGCUGUAAGAAGAUAUGAAAGAAAAGAACAAUAUCUCCGAAAUUAUUCCGAGGAGAGAUUUGCCUAUUUAGAAUCUAAACUUCGGGAAUUUGAUAGUAUUAUUUCUUGUAAAUUACAAGAAGAAGCAAUUAGUGUUCCACGUAGCAUGAUGCAAUUUAUGUUCUUACCAUUUAACAUCGCAUUCGCUAUACUGGGUUAUGCUACUUAUUUCUUACCAAGAUCUUUACGGGGUACAAGACCAGCUCCAAUGUUACAACCUGCUUCAAAUUCUGAUGAUGAUAUCAAUAAAUUGAAUGAUGACAUAUUACAACAAGAAAUUUCAUACUCUAGAAGUUUACAAAAAUAUUAA